AUGUCCAACCAAAUUCGAACAAUUAAUCCGGCGACCCACGAGAUCAUCUUCGACCAGCCUGGAACGUCUGUCGAGGAAGCUCGCAAGAUCGCCAUCACCUCCAAACAGGCGUUUCAAUCAUGGCGUACCGUGAGCCUGGAGGAACGCAUCUCCAUCGUCAAGCGUGCUCUUCAGAUCAUCGACUCUCGCAUCGAUGAAUUAGCCAAAGAGUUGACUAUCCAAAUGGGCAGGCCCAUUCGCUAUUGUGCCGGAGAGAUCAAGACUGCCGCUCUCCGUGCCGAACACAUGAUCAAGAUUGCCAAGGAGAGCCUGGCUGACCUUCCGGGUGAGCCACAGGAGGGCUUCCGACGUAUGGUCAAGCAAGUUCCCGUCGGAACGGUCCUGGUCGCUUCUGCCUGGAAUUACCCUUACCUCACCACCGUCAAUGCUCUCGUCCCCGCGCUUCUUGCUGGAAACACUGUCCUCCUGCGUCCAUCACCUCAAGUCCCCAUCUUCGGUCAAAGGCUAGCCGAGGCUUUCAACGAGGCUGGUCUGCCCAAGGAUGUCCUUCAAGUUCUGCAGAUUGGAAGCUUGGAUGUUCUUGACCAAAUCGCUCAGAUUCCAGAAAUCCAAUCCGUGUCUUUCACCGGAUCUACUGCGGGCGGUAUUCGUCUCAGAGAGGCUACUGCCAAGCAAGUGAAGCCUGUGCAUUUGGAGUUGGGCGGUAAUGACCCCGCAUACGUUCGCCCCGACGUCGAUGUCAAGAGCGUGGCCGAGAACUUGGUGGAUGGAGCAGUGUUUAACUCUGGUCAGAGCUGCUGCUCCGUCGAGCGGGUUUAUGUGCAUGAGAAGGUAUAUGACGAAUUCGUUCGCUGUGUGCAGGAAGAACUGAAGGGAUAUAAACUGGGUGAUCCCCUGGACCAAACCACCACUACUGGCCCGGUUGUAUCCGCAAUCGCCAAGGAGAAAAUUCAAUCCCACGUCGACGACGCUCUCAAGAAGGGUGCUAUCAACGCCACACCCCAGAACGAGUCGUUCUCUCUCGCUCAGACUAGCCAAAAGGGCAACUUUGUCGCUCCCGUUGUCUUGACUAAUGUCAACCACGAUAUGCUCACCAUGCGGGAAGAGACCUUUGGGCCCGUCAUGCCCAUUAUGAAGGUCUCCAGCGACGAGGAAGCGGUUGCACUGAUGAAUGACAGUGAUUACGGCCUGACCGCGAGCGUGUGGACCAAGGAUAUCGCUCGUGGGGAGGAAAUCAUUGAUCAGAUUGAAGCCGGCACCGUGUUUAUCAACCGUUGCGAUUAUCCUGCUCCGGACCUUUCCUGGACCGGCUGGAAAAUGUCAGGAUUGGGCUGCACUCUUGGCCCUCGUGGAUACGAUGGAUUCGUCAAACUGAAGAGCUACCACAUCAAGAAUGCGUGA